UAUGAUUUGAUGCAGCGAUGUUGGCUUUCCGAACCCAGCGAUCGACCAACUUUUUCAGACUGCAAAUUCUUGAUGAAGGAGCACCUGAUGCUCGUUUCUCCGCCGCUUAAUGAGCGACUGGAAAGGUUGCUGGAAGAGGAUCGAGCAUCGAUGGAGAGGUAUAGCGAAUGGCGGGAUGCGGAUGAGUCUGAUGUGGAUCUCAGAGCGCAGGCCACUCGAAAUGGCUUCAUUGCUGUGCCAACGCAGGAACCGCAUACAAAUGCCAAUAUUUAUAUGCAACACAAUGGUUGA